CCAAGGCUGUGGUGGCUGCCUGCAGAGGAACUUCCAGGCUCCAUCUGACCCCAUCCCUGCUGCAGCUGGGCUGGGCUGCACUGGGGCAGUGCCUGGAGCAGGAGCCAUGAGCAAAACUUGCUGGCACUGAAGUUACGCCUUGAGAAAGACACUGCAGGGAGAGGGGCAAGGAGAUGGUUUCAGAGACUCUUUCCUCACAGCACAGCUGAAGCAGGGAGAGCUUUGCUGUCUUAUUUGGUUUUUUUUGAGGCGAUAGAUAGCCCUCCGCAUUUUCCAACAUCUCUUUACUUUGGGGAUUGGCUGGGAUUUUGAGGAGCGUGCUCUGGAAGCGGGGUGUGUCUGGUUCGUGCAGCGCCAAAUGCGAGACAGGCAGACUCAGCCCACAAGAGUUGAAAGUCGGCGUCUCUGGCUAUAACACAGCAGCUCAGCACUGCUUGCUAAAUGGCCUCAGGUAUGGAUGGGAAGAAAUGCAGCGUGUGGAUGUUUUUACCUCUUGUCUUUACCCUGUUUACAUCAGCUGGAUUAUGGAUAGUGUACUUUAUAGCAGUGGAAGAUAACAAAAUUCUCCCACUAAGUGUGCCAGAUAGGAAACCUGGUCCCAAAAGACCGCCUUACAUAAGUAUUGCAGGUGAUGCACCUCCUGCAAGCUGUGUGUUUAGUCAAGUCAUGAACAUGGCAGCAUUUCUAGCUCUCGUUGUGGCUGUCCUGCGCUUCAUUCAGCUGAAGCCAAAGGUGCUCACCCCUUGGCUGAACAUCAGCGGCUUGGUGGCACUGUGUCUGGCCUCUUUUGGGAUGACCCUACUCGGCAACUUUCAGCUUUCCAAUGAUGAGGAGAUCCACAAUGUGGGCACGUCGCUGACCUUUGGCUUCGGGACAUUGGCGUGCUGGAUCCAGUCUGCCCUUACCCUCAAGAUCAACCUGAAGAAUGAGGGGCGGAAAGCUGGAAUUCCACGAGUGGCUCUCUCAGCCAGCAUCACCCUCUGUGUGGUGCUCUAUUUCAUCCUUAUGGCCCAGGGCAUUCACAUGCAUGCUUCCAGGAUCCAGUGGGGCCUAGUGAUGUGCUUCCUGUGCUACUUUGGCACCUUUGCAGUGGAGUUCAGGCAUUACAGAUUUGAGAUAAUUUGUUCUGAGUACCAGGAAAACUUUCUGAGCUUUUCCGAAAGCUUAUCAGAAGCCUCCGAGUACCAGACAGAUCAGGUGUAGCCUGUCUUCUGGCGGGGGGGGGAGGGGGGCAGGUGUGGUCUCAUGGGUGAAACAUGACCUCAUUUACACUUUUUUUAUGAGCUUGUUUUCAUGUGCAAUCAUGAUGGUAUUGCCAAAGGGCUCUGAGGGUGGCUAUCUCACUAAGAGCCAAACAAACAGAGGUGUCUGAUGGAAGAUAGAGUCUGUUGUCUGAUGGAAGAGGAGUGGAUCCAUCUCAGCGGCAGCGUGAGAGAGCACAAGCUGCUUAGUUUGCGCCACCAGUGACUCUGAGCGGCUCUGUCACACUCCUGUGGUUCAAAACAUUCAGCAGCCUGUCCUUGUGAUGCCCCUCCGAGACCAGUCCUGCUCAGCCCACCCUGCAGAGAAGGAGGUGAAGGAAGCAGACUUCUUCAAACAGCAGGAGUCUUCAGGAGUCUCCAAUUCCCGAGUCACCAGAUGUGUUUUUCAUGUGUUUCUCGGGUUGUUUUCUUUGCUGACAACUGGAGGAACUUGGUAGGGUGAGCAAGAGCAGCUGUUUCUUCAGAACCUGGAAUCAGACACGGAAGACCCCAAUGGACUGGCUUUUAUGGCAAGCAGGCAGGCAUUUCUUCCAGACUGGAAAGCAGCCAGCAGUAAAUCUGGGUUUGGAAGGAACUGUGAUCAGGAAGUGAGACUUAGCUGAUGCUGCCUUGUUGCUGGGCAGAUCAUUCCCAGGCCAGAGGGGGUGACACAGUGGGAUGCUGUGCUUGGCUUCCUGCUGGGGAGUGGUAGGAGUGAGGUGCUGAAUUAAGAUGAGAAUGUCUGUGUGCUCUGAAGACGACCCAGAAAAGGCUGCUUUUUCCAUGCAUAGUGCUUCCACCACAAAUUGUGUACAGUAUUUCAAAAGCUUUUUAAACUUUUUUUUUAAUGUUCACUGAGGGGAAAAACAUUGUGUUAAGAGUCACCAGGCUUGUCUGCCUGGAGAACAGUACCAGUGGUUCAGGUGGUCUGGGUGGUCUGCCUGAGGGCUGGAGGUGCAGGAAGGGAACAGCAAAACCAGAAGGGCUUCUUCCUCCCUAAAGGGAGAUUUUCAAACAGAAGGUCUGUUUUCAGAGAAGGAGCUCAAAGCCCAUUUGAAAACCUAAUUUUGGGAAGGCUGCUGUAUUGGCUGGGCAGGGGAGUGAUGGGAGUUGCUACUCAUGAACAUGGCUCCUAUUUUCCUCCACAAAUCAGGCUCAGCUAAGGUCUACAUCUUGUCUGAGCUGCAGGAAAGCAAGCAGAAAUUAAAAUGGUAGGAAAAGGCACUUGAAGGGGAACUCGUACUGCUCUGUGGCAUUUCUGACAGAGAGGGAAAAGGCAAAAGGGCAUUGUCUUCUGCAAAAGGUCACAGGCCUCUCCUGAGGAGAAACAGUUAAGAUAAACUGUGUGUUAAGUAGAAAGCUUCCAGCCAGCCCUUUAUUAUAUUCUGUGCACCAAAUGUUCUCAGGCAGCUGUUACAAAUCCAGAGCAUUUUUGGCCAACAGAGGGUUGUUAUGGAUUGCUGAAGGCUUCCUCCUUGUAGCAGUGUCAUUAAUGGAAAGCUUUCCUGGAAGGAUGUGCUGAGAGUGGCCAAGGACACAGAAGUGUGAGGUGCCAGCUCCCUUGAGGCACAUCCUGGGAGCUCCUCCUGGGCAAGGACAGGAGGGGACAGUCUGGAGAACGGGCAGGUGGGCAUCCGCUUGCACUGGCACACACUCAAUUCAUAUGGAGCACAAAAUAGCAAGUUGUUGUAAGAGUGUUUUACUGUAAAUAGUCCACUGUGACUUUUUUCCCUAAUUAAUUAGUAUUUUGAGUUUAUUAUUUUAGCUUUUGUAAUUUUAUCAAAUGAAAAAAAAAAUAGAUGAUGUGGUUAUUUUUUUUCCUUUUUCUCCUUUUCCUAUAUGCAAUCCAAACUGAACUUCAGGUUUUUAGUGAUAAUUCUGUACAUUUCGUAGAGUAUUUCUAACAGCACAUUUCAGUACAACUAAAUGACAACUAAUAUACACUAAAACAUGACCACUAAAUAAAGUGCUUUUAUGGAGAAUG